AUGGCAGAACAACCUAUCGCCUCAGUGGAACUCGAGAACGUCCCCAGAGCGUCGUCCUCCAGGCCCGGCCUCACAGUAAUCGAAAGUUGCCGACGGCGCGCGCAUAUCCAGUUUGCUGCACUCUGGUGGAACAAGUUUCUAAAGGGAUGGAACGACGGUAGUUCGGGGGCGCUGCUCCCGAGGAUGCAGACGGUGUACAGUGUCAAUUACGUUGUCGUGUCCCUUAUUUUUAUCAUGGCUUGCGUAGGAUUCGUUAUCGGUGCACUGAUAAACGUGCCAUUAUUGGACCGGAUUGGGUUUGGGAAGGUCCUCGUCGUGGGCGCUCUCUGUCAAGCUGCCAUGUACGCUCUGCAGGCAGCUGCGCUGCCUUUCCCGGUGUUUGCCAUGACAUUUGCGAUCAACGGGAUCGGCAUGGCGUUGCAGGACGCGCAGGUGACGAGCUACGUCGCGAGCUUGAGGAACAACUCCCAACUCAAGAUGAUGAUCCUCCAAGUCGGUUAUGGUGUCGGCGCAUUGACUGCUCCACUCGUCGCAACGCAGUUCGCGCAGAUAAGGCACUGGUCCUUCUUCUAUUUUGUAUCCCUCGGGAUCGCAGUCUCGAACACGACCGUCCUGUCCAGUGUAUUCCGAUUCAACACGUUAGAUGUUUGUUUUGCAGAGAUUGGCGAGCCUCAACAAGAACAUGCUAGUAGGAAUGGUGACAGCAAAAUCCGCCAGUUGCUCCGUACGCGGACUGUGCAUCUGCUUGGAUUAUUCGCCCUUGUUUAUGUUGGGGCGGAGGUUACGAUUGGAGGAUGGAUCGUGACGUUCAUACAAAGGGUCCGAGAAGGUGGACCUUCGUCUGGAUACAUCUCGUCCGGGUUUUACGCAGGUCUCACCAUUGGACCUCUCGUCCUACUUUGGGUGACAGAAAAGUUGGGCAAUCACCCUGCAUUCUAUCUAUACUCAGUAAUUGCUAUUGGACUGGAACUCGUCAUAUGGUUCGUACCCUCUCUCGUCGGGGACGGCAUGGCCGUCGCGCUUGUCGGACUAGUUCUGGGGCCGACAUACCCCCUGCUGAUGAGUCACGCCGGACGAGUACUCCCGCAAUGGCUUCUCUCCGGGGCAGUUGGGUGGAUCGCGGGCUUGGGCCAGGCCGGCAGUGCGUUGUUCCCUUUCAUGACCGGCGCUGUGGCGAAUAAAGCUGGUAUUGAAACUAUGCCGCCCUUGCUUGUGGGAUUCUUGGGUCUGUCGGUCGCGUUAUGGGCUUUGGUACCGAAAGGUCCUCGGAGGGCAGAUUAGAUGAUUAGGGAACAACGACGAGCCUGGGGCGGGCAGGCGGUUA